UCCAGAUAGAGAGAAGAGUUUCUCCUCCUGCUUCCGCUGCUGCUGCUGCUGCUGUUGUCUGUUGGUUGUUGACAGGACUAGGAUGUAGCACAUGUGUCAGUGCUGACGGGAGUUUGGCAACAUUUGAACUGACAGCGUUUAUUCUCACACUGGACUGUAGCAGAGAGACUGAUGGAGGCUUCAUCUGCAUUUUCACGCUCACCACUGGCCACAAUGUCCUUAUGAUGGGUUUGAAGGAGCUGAUUCGUGCUGGAGUUUUACUGAACAGACCUUUGUUCAUUUUUAAGAACAGACUUGGAUUUCUACACCAGCAUGGCCUGGAGUCAGAACAACUACUGGGGACAGCAAGACCACAACAGAGUGUGCGUUGGCCUGAGUGCUGACAUGGAACACAACCUGCCGGAGCUUCAGCAACAGCAAGUGGUCAAGGAGUUUAACUCCAAUAUCUCCCUCACACAGCCGCCUUUCUACUCCGAUACCUAUCCCCUAAUGUCUGAUAACACACUACAGCCCCAAGAGGGAGACCAGGUGGUCCCUUCUUCCCAGAGACGUACAGUGUUGGGGGGUAUCCAGAGGGAACCCAAACCCCUGCCACCUCUUCCUGACCAUGAGGAGUUAAUGUCAGAUGAAGCAGCUGAUAAUGAGGUGGAGUUUUUUACUAGUGACCGACGGCGCCUUUUGCCUAGAAGCUGCCCCAAAGCCGUGUCCAGAGGCAGUAACAGAGACUAUGGUCAAGUCAAUCACGCCUACCUGGAGAGGCUGGUGGAGCCAGUCCCAGCUAUUGCCUUCUCCUGGCCAGGCAGACAGGACAGACCCACAGGUAGAGGAGGUGGGUUUGGAGCCAGCAACUGGGCACCAGCUCUCCACAGAGAAGACCACCAGCCUGUGGGGCCAGCAGCUGCAGAUCCUUUGUGCUGCAAACAACCAGAGCAGCUGCAGUCAUCCAGGCUUCGCUUUUCUUUCUCAGGCCCUGCUUUUCCACCAAACAGCACCACUGCCACAACCUGUCCCACUGAGAAGCCACAAAUCCCUCCUCGUGUCCCACUUCCACAAAAAACUUCAGCUCAAUUUCAGACUCUGAGUGGCAACGAGGAAGACAGGCCUCCCAAAAUUCCUCCGAGGGUCCCUUUGGUCCCGCCUUGUCCACCCCGUACCCCGAGCCCAAAAAGUCUUCCUAUCUAUAUCAAUGGUGUGAUGCCUGCCACUCAGAGUUUUGCUGCUAACCCGAAAUAUGUGAGUAAGGCAUUACAGAGACAGCACAGUGAGAGGUCGCCACCUGCAGCUCAGUUUUCUCCCUGCAUUGUCCCCAUCCUGAAGGAUGGCAGACAGGCCAGUGCCACUCACUACAUCCUCCUGCCACCCGGAGGCCGACCAGCGCACACGGAGCGACGAGAAAGACUACAGAGUGAACCAACGAGGAUGGGACGCACCAGUGUUUGGCAGAACCGAUAGAAAUGCUUAUACUAUGAGGUCUGAACAUUUUACCAGUCAGUAUUUCAGCAAUGCGUCCUUCAGUUCAACCCAGGAAACAUCCUAACAUUCCAGUGUUGUCACUAACCGGAGAAAUAUUCACCUCCUGUAACCAUUUUACAUUUAGUUUGAAGGGGUGCUGCACUGAUGUCAUAGGGAAAACAUCUCAUCACUCAUUUGUGACCCUGACAGCCACACGAUUAUCAUCAUCACUACAAGAAACUGAGAUUAUACAUUUCUAUAAUUACUGUAUGUACGAGCAGGGCUUGUACUUGUAUUUUUUAUGACUGUGCUGCUUUCAAUCUGAAGUAUGAUGUAUUGAUAGAUUAACUGUUUUGCAGAAUCACAAUAAUGAUUAAUAGUACAUUUGAGGGAACAAUGUGGCUAACAUUGCAAUGACAGAAGUUUUGAACUACUGUGAUAUUUAACAUUUCACCUGAUGAAACUUUCUUUUACGACGUUUCACUGGCAUUUAUUUACAGUUUCUAUUCCUUGCGCUCACAUCCAAAUUGGAUGAGAGCGCACAGCUCUCACAAUGGAAUGUUUUCACUUCAAAGAUAAAACACAAUACAUUCUAAUUCUAGAAACCCCAACAUUGAUUAAUUUACUAUAUUCUGUCAUGUGAUCCAAUUGUAAUUUCAGAAUAUGUGACUGAAACCCGCUGCCACACAGGUCAUUUUAAUGCACGUAUGAAGAGAACAGAAGGCAACAACUGAGUCAUCAGGGUGUGUGUGUGUGUAAAAAAGAAAAAAGGGCCUUCAUUACCUCCGUCGACAUGCAUUUUGUUUCAUGUAACUCAACAUGAUUUGAGUUCUUUUUGAUUUUGAUUUAAUUCUCUGCUGGUUGUUGAUUAUGGCCCAAGGAAGAAAUGAAUAGAUAUCAGUGGUGAUCCACAGAUCACAACUCCACGAAGCGACCUUAGUGGAGGUUUGUGCUAUUUAAUUAUGAUCAGUUGACAAACACUAAUGGAGCUUGAUCAUUAAGGCAAACCAAUGAACAACGUAUAUGACUUAAGCUCAAAUACUGCAUAUAUGGUCAAAUAGGUAAAGACAGGACAGUGAUUGAUCCCUCCUGUCUGUGUGCAGACAUGGAAAUCAUGUUACAAUGGUGCGGACCCACAUUUAUAGUCUUUGUUACACCAUUGGGUUGGAAGUUCUCAUGAAGGCUUGGUGACAAAUUUGACCUGAGCAAAGGCAGUUUGCAAGUUCAUAAUGCUGUUGUGUCAAAAGUUAAUCAUUGUG